AUGUUCAACAUCAAGGUAAUCAUCCUGAUUGCCCUCACCAUCUCCAUGGUCCAGAGUUGUUCCAUCCAGGAACCGGAGCAGGUCGAGUGUGGGUGUGGCAAGCCCCAGUGCUCCUCGUGCGGAUGCAAGUCCUGCGGAUGCGGAUGCAAGCCCUGUCGUUCCUGCUCCUCAUGUGGGUGUGGCUGCAAGGACUAA